AUGAAUCUAUCUAUUUUUCUUUUUAAUAAACAGUUAUUUGUUCUUUUUUUGUGUAUAUUAUAUGGUGUUUUAUCUGAAAAUAGAUAUGGUUCAAAUAGUCAUAAUUCAAGAAAAAAUAUACCAUAUAAUCAAAAACAAGGUAUAGUAAGUACAUCAAGUCAAUCAUCAACUAUAAGACAAGGUAGAUCUGAAAUGUUAGAUGUUGAAAAGUUAAAUAUUUUAUUAAAAUCAUUAGACAAAACUUGGAUACUACCACGACAGGGUGCCAAAGAACCUGUUGGAUCAAAUUUUCAACUUAAAAAAACAUGUGCUUCAAUUUAUAAAGCUAGACAUGGAGCAUGUAGUCAAAUGGGUUUUGGUAUAAUGUGUUUUAAUUAUUGUUAUGAACAGGGAGAAGUUUUGUCAUUUAGUUGUCAAGAUACUAGUGAUACUGUUUAUUGUAAAAGUAAUGGUAAUUUUGAUCAAAUGUUAUCAAAAAGUAGAAAAGAUCCAUAUAAAUCAAAAAGUUAUGUUCACCAAACAUUAAGUAGAUGUUACGCCACAGCUAUUUGUAACUCUCAAGGACUCUUAAAUUCUACUUUAAUUGAUACCGAUCAUUCACAAUUCAAUAAUAUGACAACUGAUAAAGAAAAAAAUUCUAUUAAAAAUAAUAAAGAAAUUAAUAGUAUAGUAAGUAUAAAUAAUAAAUUUAUGAAAAAAAAUUCAAUGACAAAGAAUGAAAAUAUUGAUGAAAGUAUAAAUAAAGAAGAAAAUACUACUAAAACAACUUCAAAACCAAAUAUUUGGGAUAGAUUUACAAUUGGUGUUAAAGAUAAAACAACACCAAAACAUUUACCAUUUUGGCAAAAAUUAUUACAAUCUACUACAGGAGCAACUAAAAUUGAUAAUGUAAAACAAGAAAAUGAUAAAAAAAUUACUGAAAAUGAAUUAUCAUCUUCAUCAACUGGUAAAAUAGAUUCAUCAACAGAAAUUAUUGAAGAGUCGGAGGAGGAAUCAAAUGAAGAUACAACAAUAUCAUCAUCAAUUUCCCCAACAACUACCACCACCACAACUACCACAACACCGAAACCAAAAUCAAAGAAAAAAAAGUUAAAAAAAAUUAAAACACCAAUGAGUCGCCUUCAAACACAACCUUUAACACCAUCAACUACUUCUUCAACAGAAGAAAACAUAAAUGUUAAGAACAUUUCAUCAACUACUUUAAACACCGCAGAAAAUGAAGAAGAAAUUUACAAAGAAACUGAUAUCAUGACAAGUCCCAUCGAUUUUGAUUCUUUAAAUGAAGACAAAGAAAAUAAAGAUGGUAAACCAAAUAUGAAUGGUUUUUGGACAAAAUUUCAACCAGGAAAAUGGUAUCAAUCAGUUUAUUAUAUGACAAACACUGGUAAAAAAUAA